AUGGCAAAACGGAAGACAAAAAAGGUCCAAUUGAGCCGAACUCAGUUGAUGCAAAAGCGGCGCGGUAAAUUGGAGAAGGAAUUUCUUUGCUAUUAUUGCCAGCAUGAGAAAUCCGUCGCCAUAAAAAUUGACAAUCAAUCUGGUGUCGGUCUAUUAAGCUGUCGUAUAUGCGGCGUCAAGUUCUCUACGCGAGUUACAGUAUUGGACGAAGCAGUAGACGUCUACUCCCUAUGGAUGGACUCAUGUCGCGAGGGUCAACAUGCCGAAGGAACACCUCCGAAGGAAGACGACGAACCUUUCCGGAGCCAACAUAGGAGCAUGGAAACCAUACGACACACUUCACCAACGCCCGUUUCUGCUCCCCCUAUCUCUCAGAUCUCCGGUGUCAGAGCGGACGCAACUCCGGCAAAUUCGGAAAGCCACUCGAACGCUAACGCAGAAUACAUACGACCGAGGUAUCUCGAUAACGAAACAACCUUUACCGAGUUGACAACUCUAACUGGCGCGAGUCGCAGCAAAAAUAACGGCCGUUUAAUAUACACCAGCUGGUUUGCAUGCCAUCUCAACAAAAUACUGUUACUUUUCGUAUCUGUUGUCAAGUUUUAUCUCACUUUUACCGUAUUGGAUGUAGUUGUAAGCAUAGACGCCCUAUGGAUCUACUCAUGUUAUGAGGUUCAGCAAGACGAAUCCACUCCUACUCAGACAGUCGACGCACCUUUACGGAGCCAGCAUAGGAGCGUGGAAACCAUAAUACACGCUGCACCAACGCCCGUUUCUGCUCCCCCUAUCUCUCAGAUCUCCGGUGUCAGAGCGGACGCAACUCCGGCAAAUUCGGAGAGCCAUUCGAACGCUAACGCAGAAUACAUACGACCGAGGUAUCUCGAUAACGAAACAACCUUUACCGAGUUGACAACUCUAACUGGCGCGAGUCGCAGCAAAAGGAUAAUAGACGCUGCUGAUGACACAAUAAGUGGACCUGAAUUAGUGGCGGGCACCCUCACGAGAGAUAGCCUUUUCGAAGAGGACUAG